CACGCUGCACCGCCACGCACCAGCACUCAUCAUUUCUAGCGGACCCUGGCACUGAGACGCAGCGCUCACAUUUCUCUGUUAGAUUGCUGAAACUUCUGACACAGAGAGGCAGACAGAUCCUUCCAGCUCACCCCACUUCGUGGAUUAAAUUCACGGUCUCUUCUUUCUUUGCGUUUUUUUUUUUCCUUUUCCCCCUUUUCUUCCUCCUCCUCCGGUUUCGUGUUACAAAGCCUUGGGAGGGAGUUGCGCGUAGAGAGCCAGUUCUUCCGUCUAGAAACUGAAUGACAGGAUCAUAUGGCACAAUUUGCCUCUUAGUCCAAACAUUUCAAACCAGAGAGGACACAAGAGGGGCGAGGAGGGGAGCCGCGGGAAGAUUCAUCAGAAAUUGAUGGGGAUAUGGAAUAAUUUAUAACUCAAACAAAAACAAAAAAAUAACAAACGUGAAAUAACGGCGUGAGAAGGAGAAGGAUAGGCUGCUGGAUCUAUCCAGGAGGAGGAAAAAAGCCAGGACGCAGUGCCUGUUAUCAUUACCACCGUCAGCACAAUAAGGCGCUGGUGUUCUUAUGGACCCACGCAGGAGCUGAAAUGGCCCUCACUCCACCAUAAUGAGCGAGGGUCUCCUUUAGGGAGAUGUAAAGACACGGCACUUUGUCAUCUCUGGAGGGUUCAACCACAAUGCAGUGCAGUUACAAAGAAGAAAACUAACGUUUUGCCAAUGUGACCUUCAUCUGAGUCAACUGUCGCUAUUCAACAUUCACGAAAAAUUCAGGAGCUAACACAAAAAAACAGAACAGAGAGGAGAUUAAAAGGAAAGCACAGAGGCGCACGAGGGAGGAGGCGAAAAACAACAGUCUGCCAGGACCUGGCCUUUUCUCCUGAGUCCCUCUGAUCAACUGAUUGGUCCCUCUGUCCAUCACCGAGUGACAGAUCCAACAAACAGGAGCUGAGGUGGCAGCCAUGGGUGGGACAAGGUUCUUACUCUUGAUGUUGUUUGUUGGAUGGGAGACGUCAGUGGGUCUCAACUGGAACCCAGUCCCACGCAAGACUGUUAGAUAUCAAGAUGGACUGGACAGCAUGGCGAGGUUCAGCAUUCAGGGAGUGUUCAACUACAGCAUGCUGACUUUGUCUGACCACGAGAGGGUUUUGUACGUUGGAGCCCGUGAAGCACUGUUUGCCCUGGACCCCAACGACAUCAGCCGACAGCUACGACCACAGAUCGACUGGCCGGCUCCGCAGGAUAAGAAGAGGGAGUGCGUUUCCAAAGGGAAGAACAACCAGACUGAGUGCUUUAACUACAUUCGGUUUCUACAGAGCUACAACCACACACACCUCUACACCUGCGGCACCUAUGCCUUCCAGCCCAAAUGCAAUUACAUUAAAGCAGAUGAUUUUACUCUCAACCCUGCAGCUCUGGAGGAUGGGAAGGGCAAAUGCCCAUAUGACCCUGCCAAAGGCCACACUGGCCUCAUAGUGGAUAAGGAGCUGUACUCAGCGACGCUCAACAACUUUCUGGGUACAGAGCCAGUCAUUCUGAGGAACCUGGGCCAGCAAUAUUACAGCAUGAAGAGUGAAUACUUGCCUGCCUGGCUCAAUGAGCCGGACUUUGUGGGUUCAGCCCUGGUGAGGGAGAGCAGCGGCAGCAAAGCCGGGGACGAUGACAAGAUCUACUUCUUCUUCAGUGAGCGAGCGCUGGAGCUGAACUGUGACACCGAGCUCACCGUGGCUAGAGUGGCCCGCGUCUGCAAGGGGGAUCUGGGUGGUACCAGGACCCUGCAGAAGAAGUGGACCACCUUCCAAAAAGCUCGCCUGGAGUGCUCACUUCCAGAGCGCCACGUCUCCUUCAACAACCUGCGUGCCGUCUUUACCCUGCCAGGGCAGGACUGGCGGGGAACGACCUUCUACAGCAUCUUUCACGCUCAGUGGGGUGACGUAGACGUGUCGGCUGUGUGCCAGUACCAGAUCAGUGAUGUGAAAAAGGUCUUUGAGGGCUCCUACAAGGAGUACAGGGAAGCAUCCCAGCGAUGGGGGCGAUACACAGGCACCGUCCCCAGCCCACGACCCGGAUCGUGCAUAACUAACUCAGACAGGGAGAAUGGCUACAACAGCUCUCUGCAGCUGCCUGAUGCCACACUCAACUUUGCCAAGAAACACCCACUGAUGGAGGACAAGGCUCUGGGUCGCCCCCUGCUGCUGACCAAAGGCGUUAACUUCACCAAGCUGGCGGUGGAUCGAGUCAGCGGCCUGGACCAGCGGGCUUACAACAUGCUCUUCAUCGGCACAGCUGAGGGCUGGCUGCAGAGGGUGGUCAUCUUGGGCUCUGAGACCCACGUGAUUGAAGAGAUCCAGCUGUUCGACACAGCACAACCCGUGGACAGCCUGACCAUCUCCCACUCCAAGAAGUACUUGUACAUCGGAUCUCGUUCUGAGGUUCUCCAGCUGCCCUUGGCCAACUGCAGCCGCUAUCAGUCUCAGCCAGACUGUCUGCUCGCCAGAGACCCCUACUGCGCUUGGGACAACGAGGGCAGGGCCUGCGUCCGCAUCGACCUCCACCGAGGGUCCACCUCCUCCCUCUCCCAGGACCUGAUGCUGGAGAGGUUCAGCCGUGGAAAAGCCAAGUUUGAUAAGCCUGUCUCCAUCCCUAGUCCUGAGCAUUCCCGACUUAGAAAUGUAACAGUGGUCGUGGGGUCUGACAUGGUGCUGCCUUGCCAGCUUGUCUCCAACUUGGCCCAGCCUUUCUGGGUGGUCAAUGACCGCGAGCUCCAGCUGGGUGAUCCCGAAGCAGGAGGACCUCGAUUCGAUCGAACCCUCAAAGCCCUCAUCAUCCCAGAAGCAGGCCAGAUGCAAGCAGGGCGCUAUAUCUGCUACUCUGAAGAGCAGGGAGUCAAGUUUCAGACUGAGCGCUACCAGGUUGCUGUCGUUGCCAGUGCCCCAGUGUUCAUGGAAGCUCGGGCCCCAGACAGCAGCAUGGGACUCUUCUGGGUGCUGGUCAUCACUCUGGGAGCGGCAUGCCUUCUCCUCCUAAUAGCAGCUCUGUACCUGCGCAGGAGGCUGAAGCUGGCGUUAGGGAAGGGAGCCGACAUGAAGCCUCUGGAGAGCACCCUAGUCUACCCCAUCACCCUGCCCAAGGAACCGCCCACCUUCGUGCCCAGCAAGAUGCCGAGCGAUGAAGACAGGUUUUGGGAGACGGGCGCCAACUACUACUACUCAGACGGCUCACUGAAGAUCGUUCCCGGCCACGCCCUGGGCCCCAGCAGCGUCAGCAGCACGGCGUCACCCAGCACCAUUCCCGGCCAGCCCAUCCACUCCCCAAGCCGGCUCAGCCUCACCAACAUCCGAGGCUCUGGUAGCAAUGGCUACAUCCGCCUCAACCUGAGCACAGCGGGGGAGGAGAGGGCUAGCGGGGCCGGUGUUGGGGGCGGUGCGCUGGGAGGGUUGGGCGUGGGUAUGGGCGGGAACGACUACUCCAGUCCUUUCAAAGAGGAGCUGAGACGCACUCUGCAGCAGAGAAGCGUCCUUCCCGACGCCAACCCAGAGGAGUCGUCCGUCUAGGCCUUUCCUCCUCUGUUUUUAUUCCCUGAGGUGGAACAAGAAUCCAACCAAACUACCUCCCUCUUUCUGAGGAUGCCUGUUCUCCCUGUCUUUUAGUGACAUGCUGUCCACUUCCAUGCUCUCUGUCUCACUCUGCCAAUGCCUGUUUGGCUCUCUGUAGACUUCUAUUAGCACACAGCAUGUUCAGCACACACACUCAUAUACCGUGUUUGCCAACAGUUGCUCUGUUUCGGACAAAAUAGAGUCUUGGUUGUGACAGUCUCUGCUUCCGUUGUGCAACUGCCACUCAUGUACAUUUUGUAUUUAAAAAAAAAAAAAGGUUAGCGCAGAAGAGACCACCUCAAGCAUGGAGCCCCAACAAUUGUUUUCUCUCAGAUGGGCACAGCUCCUUCUUUUACUAUGAGCUCAGCCCCCGUACUGGGACCGUUUAACAACAAGGGCGACUAACUGGAAAUAUGGUUUUCUGUUUUUGUGUUCCUUUAGACUUUUUCUGCUUACUGCACUUACAAAUCUGGAAGCCUGUCUUCCGUCUUUUUUGUACUUGUGAGCCUGGAGUGAGAGAGCGAUAAAAAAAAAAAGAGACUAAUUAUUCUCCAAGCAAGACGACAAUCAUGUCCCUGUGGCAGGAGCUCUGUGGGGCAGAAAGGAGACAAAAAGAGAGGAAAUUAGACAGAAAAUGAAGUGAAUUAAAAGGGGAAGACAUAAGGAGUGAGUUUCUAAAUGAAGGAAAAUCUCUCAAAACUAUUCUGCUCAUUUUUUAUUUUUUUCCUCCUGUCACAUUUACUGCUGGAGGACUCCUUCGAUUUCUUCCACUUUCAUUUGAUGUGAUGCUUGGUUUGAAUCAAGACAUUUCUUGUCGUUUUUUUGUUGUUGUUUUGUUUGACUUAUGGACCAUAGCAGUGUUCAAACGGUUUGUUACUGACUAAUGGGUUACCUCUGUGAAAGACAGAGUGAGGGCGACCUGCUUAACAUUACAUUACUCCUCGCUCUGUCCUGCAUGGUGACCGUCACAUCUACUCUGCUCCAAGAACUCUCCAUGUGACAUUUAUUGGAGUCACAUUGUAACAGAUGGGUGUCUUGAUUUGGACUUUUUGAACUCUCAUUACUGUCUUUUGAAAAGAAAGAAAACAGAACAAGGCCUCGUGCGUUCAGCUUUUAGCAGCAGAACAAUAGUCGCAGAGUUCAUUGCUAAUUAAAGCUGACAUGAAGACAUUCAGCACAGAGAAUGUAGUUGAACCCUUAUUGUUGUGACGGCUGUGAUGUCUCAGUAAGUGCUUUAUUGUUUUUUUCAAAUGUGUUUGAUGAGGAUGGUAACUUGCACUGCCAAGAAGGAAACUACCACUCCAACACGUACACACUCACAUAAACACACAUGUUCAGAUUUUUAUGGAUCGCAGCCAUCCAGGACUACAGAGCGAAUGUGAAGCCCCCUCAGAACCCACGGAACCAGAUCCCACCCCUAUACCGAAGCCUAGAGACUGAUCCAGGGCUACUGUGGACCGAUGCAGUGGAAGAACACUGAAACACACAUCUACACAACAAGAACUCACGCAGUUUUACUGGAAGAAUGGACCGACAGACAGACUGAUUGCUGCCAUGCUGAUAAACUACUGGCCCCAAGCGGAAAGAUGACAUGGAGCAGUGAAAGUGUAUUUUUCAUCGUGUAUUUUGUGGAUGUGCCUGUGGAGACCAGAGGAACCCAUGAAGGAACUGCAAAUUAAAGUACCUUCUGUUGUUCCCACUGUGUACUGUGUUCAGUGGAAAAAAAUAGCUGAAGAAAAUCAAAAGAACCCUACGACUGAGGAGGUCGUCAUCCAUCAGCACUUCCUCCUACUGUUGCAUGAUCUUCUCUGCAAGUGGACUGCUCUUUGAUAUGAUCAUCCCUGUACAAAAAUGAAACAUUUCAAUCCCUUUUGGACUUUUUCCAGGCUCUAAUGUUGUGCAACACUAAAGAUCUGUUGAAAGGAAGAAAAAAAAGAAAUCUGAUUUUAUGCUUCAAGAGUUGUACAGUAAAUUCAUGGCUGUAAUUCAACACGUUAACUUUCUCUGUGCCUCUUCGCCUUUCUGAAAAAAAGCCAAAGUAGACUGCAGUUGCUUUUGUUCCUGUUGACGUUCCUAAAUAAAUUUUAUUUGAUUCCAGAUCGAUAUUUAAGUCUCAGCAAUCCGUCCCCUUUGCUACACUGAGCUGAUGUCAGCAGCUUUCCUGCAUUUUUUAUCUGCGGCUAAACUUCAAGCAAAAGGCAAAACGUGUCUGAAACUGAGGAAGCUACUGUUUGUUUCCUGUUUACAUGUCAGUGCUGAUCUCCUGGGCCGAUAUAUUUUUUUAAUCUCCCCUACAUUAAGAAAGGCUGAAAUUAGAAAGCGUUUUCAGCCCCUGAAAGCCAAAUACUGUACAAAGAUUCUGAUUCGAAGCAAAUCAGAGACAAACUGCUCACUUCAUUUUUAACCUCUUGAGGCAGAAAGCUAAAAAACAAAUUAGCUCUUUACACUGGUACUUGGUUGUGUCUUAAUAUUUCUCCUUUUUACAAUCAGGCUUGUUAUUUUCACUCUGUAAUGUUGAAAAAUUUAAAAGACAAAGGAAAACUGGUCUAAAGCUUGAAAAACAUGCAUGUGUAACGUUCUUAAUGUGCAUUUUCUCGGCUCUCAAGCCCUUGAAUAUUUUCUCCCAUAAUGCUUUAGGUUCUGCUGUGUUCUUGCAUUAUUAUUUGGAUUAUUUUGGCCCAUUUUUUUUGCCUGUUAUUGUUUUGUUUGUUUUUAAAAUAUCUUAAGUAACUUAUUUCACUUGUACAAACUUGUCAAUAUUUAUUAUCAUUGUACAUAUGUCCUUAUUUUUUAUAUGUGUAUAUAAAUGCACAAAUAAAAAAAACAGACAUA